AUGUAUGCAUCGGUCCGCAAUUUGGCUACUCUUCAAAUGAAUGAUCAAGACUUAUCAGAAUAUCUCAUCCGUGCUCAAUCUACUAUUGAUGACCUCAAACUUAUGCUGGUUAGUGAUGAUAUUACGAAGAUAUUGGGCAAACUUGACAAUAUGCUCAUGGUGUUUGUCCUUCAUGACCUCUCUAAAGAAUAUAGUUCCGUUAAAGACCAGGCGUUAACAAAUAUUACCAUCCCUACGGUAGAAGAACUAAUUGAUCGUCUCGUCCGGGUAUUUCUACCAAGUGAUGACAGUUAUACUACUCCCGAGUCCUCUGAUUUUGUUUCUACUUUAGUAAUGAAGGACGUGGUGGACGUGGCAGUGGUCGAGGACGUGGUAGAGGAGGUAGAAGUAACUUCUAUUGCACUCAUUGUAGAAAAGAUGGGCACACUCAAGAUCGGUGUUUUGACUUACAUGGCUACCCGAACAAAACUGUUAAUGUUGCUCAAACCGUUGCAAGCCGUGAAUCAAAGGGUGAACUCGAAACUACUUUCUCUGCCGAUGAGUAUCAGAAAUUCAGGUGCUUCAGACCAUUUGACCGGUAAUGCCUCAUUGUUCUCUGAACUAUCACCACCUAAAUAUCCACAUUAUAUUACUAUUGCGGAUGGAUCUAGAGUUGAGGCAACUGGUGUUAGACGAGACCGGAGUAUGGGACAAACGAUUGGAGUUAAAAUUGAAUCUAGUGGUCUUUAUUAUCUUCAACCACCCACUUCCAUUAUAUGUGUUACUACUGAAUCUCCCGAUCUUCUGCAUCGUCGCUUAGGUCAUCUGAGUUUAUCAAAAUUGAAGAAAAUGGUGUCAGGUCUUCCUCAUUUAGAGUCCUUACAAUUUGAUUCAUGUCAGUUAGGAAAACAAGUUAGAGUUUCUUUUUCCCGCCACAUUAAUAGUAGAGCUUUGUCUCUUUUUGAUGUCGUUCAUUGCGAUGUGUGGGGUCCUAGUUGGAUUCCUUCUAUCCUAGGAUAUAGGUAUUAUGUUACUUUUAUUGAUGAUUUCUCAAGAUGUAUUUGGAUGUUUUUAAUGAAAGAUCGUUUUGAAUUGUUUAAUAUUUUUAAGAAUUUCUGUUCUGAAAUCUCAACACAGUUUGGCAAAACAAUUUGUAUUUUACACAGUGAUAAUGCAAAAGAAUACUUUUCUGAUUGCUUCAACUCUUUAAUGCAUUCCAAAGGCAUCAUACAUCAAUCGAGUUGUCCCCAUACGCCUCAACAAAAUGGUGUUGCUGAAAUAAAACAUAGACAUAUUGUUGACACUGCUCUUACCCUUUUGCUAAAUGUCAAUUUACCUCUAAAAUUUUGGGGUGAUGUUGUUCUUACUGUCGGGUAUUUAAUUAACCGCAUGUCAUUCUCUGUGUUGAAUGAUCAGGUUCUUCAUUCCCUGGUGCAUCCUACAGAUCCCUUGUAUGUUGUUUCCCCUCGUGUUUUUGGAUGUGUCCCUGAAACUAAUUUAGAUCAAGUUUUGCUUAUUCCUUAUUUUGAGUCGGUUGAGUUCAAUCUUUUAUCGUCUAGUUCACCCGUUGUGAUAGACGAGUCUUCACUUCUGUUGAAUCGGUAUGACAUUACCUAUGAGAGAAGGUUGAGGCCACAUGAUUUAACUUCUAUUCCAAGCGCUUACACCCUUGCUUCGGCCCCGUCUCCUAACUUGCCCAUUGCCAUCUGUAAAGGUAAAGGUAAUUGUUCAACCCGUAAUCCUUAUCUUAUUUAUAAUUGUGUGUCUUAUCACCGGUUAUUUCCUAUCUAUUGUGCAUUUGUUACUGCACUUGCAUCUGUUUCUAUUCCUAAAACUAUCCAGGAAGCUUUAUCCCAUCCAGGGUGGAGCCAGGCAAUAUUUGAUGAAAUGCCAGCUUUAGAAUCUAAUCAUACUUGGGAGUUUGUUCCUAUUUAUAAUUGUGUGUCUUAUCACCGGUUAUUUCCUAUCUAUUGUGCGUUUGUUACUGCACUUGCAUCUAUUUCUAUUCCUAAAACUAUUCAGGAAGCUUUAUCCCAUCUAGGGUGGAGACAAACAAUAUUUGAUGAAAUGUCAGCUUUAGAAUCUAAUCAUACUUGGGAGUUUGUUCCUCUCCCACCUGGAAAAUCUGUUGUUGGUUGUAGGUGGAUAUUUAAUGUUAAGGUUGGUCCUGAUGGACAGGUAGAUCGAUUGAAAGCUCGCUUUGUGGCAAAAGGACACACUCAAGUCUGCGGUCAAGAUUAUAGUGAUACUUUCUCUUCUAUUGCGAAGAUGGCAUUUGUUCGUCUCUUUCUAGCCAUGGCUGCCAUGAAAUAA